AGGAGGAGGACACGGGGAGGCGGCUGCUGCUGCUGCCGCUGCCGCUGCCGCCGGGCAGAGAGGAGUCGUGCCGGAGCUGCCGCGGCACUCGGACGCCACAUUCCCCCCGUACGGGACUGGCGGGGAGGAUGAGCGAGAGCUGAGCCUGCUGCCGGAGCUGCCAAGUGCCCCUUCCUCCUCCUCCUCCUCCUCCUCCUCCUCCUCCUCCUCCUUCUGCACCUCCUCCCCUGCUGUGGGUGAACCUGCGCUACGGGCUCUUCACCGACCCGGGGAGGGGGCUGGUUUGUUUGUGUAUUUGUUUAAGGAACAGAGAGAGAGGGGGAGAGAGAGAGAGAGAGGGAGAGAUCUUCCAUCCGUUGAAGCACAGUUCACUAUGAUCGUACUCGCAUUCAGCACUGGAAGCCGGUUGGAUUUCGUGUCUCGGUCCAGGGUGUUUUUCUUGCAAACCUUCCUUUGGAUUUUAUGUGCUACAGUGUGCAAAGCGGAGCAGUAUUUCAAUGUGGAGGUAUGGUUACAAAAGUAUGGCUACCUUCCACCAACUGACCCCAGAAUGUCGGUGUUGCGCUCUGCAGAAACCAUGCAAUCAGCUAUAGCUGCCAUGCAGCAGUUCUAUGGCAUUAAUAUGACAGGAAAAGUGGACAGGAACACAAUUGACUGGAUGAAGAAGCCUCGAUGUGGUGUGCCUGACCAAACAAGAGGUAGCUCUAAAUUUAACAUUCGUCGGAAACGAUAUGCGUUAACAGGACAGAAGUGGCAGCACAAACAUAUCACUUACAGCAUUAAGAACGUCACUCCAAAAGUAGGUGAUGCUGAAACUCGUAAAGCCAUUCGCCGUGCCUUUGAUGUGUGGCAGAAUGUAACUCCUCUAACAUUUGAAGAAGUUCCUUAUAUUGAAUUAGAAAAUGGCAAGAGGGACGUGGAUAUUACAAUCAUUUUUGCAUCAGGUUUUCAUGGAGACAGUUCUCCCUUUGACGGGGAGGGAGGAUUUUUGGCCCAUGCAUAUUUCCCUGGGCCAGGAAUUGGGGGAGACACUCAUUUUGACUCAGAUGAGCCAUGGACUUUGGGAAAUCCUAAUCAUGAUGGAAAUGAUCUGUUUCUAGUUGCUGUGCAUGAACUGGGACAUGCUCUGGGCUUGGAGCAUUCUAAUGAUCCCACAGCAAUCAUGGCUCCAUUUUACCAGUAUAUGGAAACUGAUAACUUCAAACUACCUAAUGAUGAUUUACAGGGCAUUCAGAAGAUAUAUGGUCCACCUGACAGGAUCCCACCACCAACAAGACCUCUGCCAACAGUGCCCCCACAUCGUUCGAUCCCUCCAGCAGACCCGCGGAAGAAUGACAGACAACCUAAACCUCCCCGGCCACCCACUGGUGACAAACCUUCCUAUCCUGGGGCCAAACCUAACAUCUGUGAUGGGAACUUCAACACUCUGGCUAUUCUUCGCCGGGAAAUGUUUGUUUUCAAGGAUCAGUGGUUUUGGCGAGUCAGAAACAACAGGGUGAUGGAUGGAUACCCCAUGCAGAUUACCUAUUUCUGGAGAGGACUGCCUCCAAGCAUUGAUGCAGUUUAUGAAAACAGUGACGGGAAUUUUGUCUUCUUUAAAGGUAACAAGUUCUGGGUUUUCAAGGACACUACUCUCCAGCCAGGGUAUCCUCAUGAUUUGAUAACACUUGGAAGCGGAAUUCCUUCCCAUGGUAUUGAUUCAGCAAUUUGGUGGGAAGAUGUUGGGAAAACCUACUUCUUCAAAGGAGAUAGGUACUGGAGGUACAGUGAAGAAAUGAGAUCCAUGGACCCUGGUUAUCCCAAACCAAUCACAAUUUGGAAAGGUAUCCCAGAAUCUCCUCAGGGAGCCUUUGUCCACAAAGAAAUGGGCUUCACAUAUUUCUACAAAGGAAAAGAGUACUGGAAAUUCAAUAACCAGAUGCUCAGAGUGGAACCUGGCUAUCCCAGAUCCAUCCUCAAGGAUUUUAUGGGUUGUGAUGGACCAACAGACCGAGACAAAGACCGACACAGCCCUCAAGAUGACGUUGACAUUGUCAUCAAAUUGGACAACACAGCCAGCACUGUGAAAGCCAUAGCCAUCGUCAUUCCUUGCAUCCUGGCCUUGUGCCUCCUUGUCUUGGUUUACACUGUGUUCCAGUUCAAAAGGAAAGGAACACCCCGCCACAUACUGUACUGCAAACGCUCUAUGCAAGAGUGGGUGUGAUGUAGGGUUUUGGUUUUUUUUCUUUCCCUCCCAGGAGUUUGUGGUAACUUGAGAUUCAACACAAGAGCUGUUAUGCAGUUUCCUAGCUAGGAGCAGGCAUCUGUCAAUCUGAAACAAAGCUGAUCUUUAAAACCCAGGGGGUUGCCGGUCCUGCGCAUGAGUGGCGAUUUGCUCAGCUGGGAAGCUUCCAUGAUACAAAGUAUCUGCUGUUUCUUCAGUCCUUUGUCUUUCUUCGUCAUUCAAUUUAGGCCUUUCCUCUGCACGCUAAAUGCCCGAUAAACUAUCAGGAUUAACUAACAAAGAGGAAAAAUAAAAAAUCUCCAGUGUUUCUACAUUUUUCCCUUAAGGCCUGUUCCCCUUUGAAAAUUUUUUGCUGAAAGUCAAUUUUUUUAGAAAAACACAACAACCCGCAAUGGAACUUUCAGGAAAGUGAGAAGACCCAAAACAGCUUUGUCUCCAAAGAGGAUUGCUUUCUGUCUGCUAUGGAUAAAGUCCUAUACUCCUACUUCCAGUUUGUCAGGUGGGAGACCUGGAUGACACGCAGGACUUCAGACUGUUCGGACAGCCAUUUUCCAACAAACAAGGGGCCAAAAUAUCUGCAAUAUAGUAACAGCCUUAAUAAUACAUUCAUUUUGUGUUUUAUACAGCUGCUCUGGGCUAUGUCCUCAAUGUUUUAAACUCAUUUAUAUUCAUUACUAUAUUUAAGAGGAAUCUUUUUAUUGGUUUGUUUGAUUUUGGGUUGGUUUUCCUGCAUAAUCUUUCCCAAGCUGUACCAAGCCAACUGCCCCAGGCCUUUCACAGGUCUGUCAGGAGCAUUCAUUCCAAAGCAUGGUAAAAAGCAGUGUGUCUCUGAAGUGGAUUUCAAUGAACUAAAGCAACAGUCAUGCUGUAGAGAAACUUGACACUGGUAUUACUUUGGUGUAACCCUUUGAGAACUAUUGCAUUGGUUUGCAGAGUCUGGUGGAUGUUAAUCUUGGUUGUCAUUAAAUUACAGGAUUGUGUUUUGGAAAUACAGGUUUUAAAAGAAAAACAGUUUUUUGUUUUUUUUUAAAACGGAUUUCCUGUGACUGCAAGUGAGUGUUUUUAAUUACUUGCAUUAUUGAUACAAAAGCAUUUAUAACAUAAAGAGAAAACAAACUAUAUUUACCAGCUACUUUCUGGUUAAAUGAAUCAAACGUAUUUUAAUAUCUUCUACCACUUACCAAGGAUUUUUCUGAACUGGCUACAGUUUUAUAGCUUAGCCUUUUAUCUUAAGCAUCUUGAAUUUCUCUUUUAAACUAUGUUGCAUGAUAAUUCAAUUUGCCUCUUCAGAGGUAGAGUUACAGUUUCAAAGGAAAACCAAAAUGAUGACUCCAAUAUUGCAUGAAUAUCCUCUGGUGUGUUACCCCCUUGCAUGUUCACCAUAGUUCUCAAAGGGUUAGUCAAAUCUCUGGCCUUUAGCUGAACAUGAUAUCAUUGACAGAGCCAAGGGACCACCAAAGCAUUUUGUCAUUACGUGUAAUUUGUGCUAACAGCAGUAUUGUCAUUUUCAUGUGACCUGCAGAGCAGGUUUGUAUCAAUAUUUUUUUCCUAGAGAAAAGUCAGCAACUGACAGACCUCUUUAUUGAUUUUAGGAGCUGCUUCUUGCAGUGAUAGGCUUUACAGUCACUGGGCUGUGAACUUAUUAAAGAUGGUCAGAAUGAUGCACCCCAAACGUCAGACACCUGGUUUUUUAUGAAAGCCGGGAUUUGAGGGGAGUAGCUUUUGCAACAAUGAACAGCUUGCCUUGAACUUGAUUAUUGACCUGUUGACUGUCAUUACCAAGUUAAACAUUGUCUUCUGUGAACAGCUUCACUGUCUGAAUUUCCUUAAAGUGUACUGUCCUAUGUCUUUGCUCUUUGACCUUUAACUUGCAAACUGGCACAAACUGAAUGGAAUCUGGUGUUGCUAAUGAUCUAAGAUGGGUUUAAUUUCUUAAAAGGCCUGAUGUACAUUAUCCAAAAUUAGAGAAAAAAAUGGUGAAGUGUUUUCUUAGGAAAGAAAAGACAGAAACAAAAAUAUUUAUGAUAGAUCUGUAGAAAGGUAUUUUGCUAUGUAUACAUGCACACUCUAAAAAUGAACUACAGUAGAAAUGAUUUUUUAUUUAACUUGAAUACAAUUUUUCCAUAUAAAGUUAUCAUUUCUACAGAUAGCUAGUUAUUAAUGAAAAGGUUAUAGGAAAGUAUUAAAAUACUUGAAAUGGCCAGUAUUGGCUUUUACAUAAAAUGAGACUUUUGUACUACAUUCAGCCAAUUUCUUACUGAUUUCUUAAUUCACAUAACUGGAUCAUUUUUUAGAGAGUGUAGGUAUAUAUACACAUAUAUUAUGGUUAUUAUUAUUUUGGUAAUGAAUAGCUUGACUGCCUUGAAUUUAUAUUUAUAUUGAGCAUAGCAUGAAAAAUAGUAUGCCUUUUUGUUCAAUUAUAUGAUUUUAUAUUGAUUUGAGGACUUAUUUUAUGAACAUGUGGCAUGCUAUAAAGCAUUGCAAAUUGUUAUUUCUUAGAGCGUAAACAGAUAUACAUAUGUAACGGCUAACAGAAAUGAAGAUUAGAAAAAGAUAUAGUUUUACAACAAAUAUGCAAUGCAGAUGGCAUUUUCGAGAUGUUUUGUAGAGGUACUGCAUACUGUAGGUUAGAAUUGCACCAGUAUCAGCCCAUAGCAUUAUUUAGUAAAUCCAAUUCAGUUGUUGCUGAAAAUAUAUAUUAAUUCACAGUUAAGUAAUGUAGGGUAUUUACUGCGCAUCUGCUCAUUUGGUGAAUUUGGAAUUCAAUGCCUCUUUGUCAUAUAUAUUAAUAUGUGUGUGUGUGCAUGUAUUUGUGUAUUUAGAAAUGCAUGCACACACUCACAUACACAUACAUGCAUAUUUUAAUUCAUGCAUACAUUUUUAUUGUCAGCAAUCUACUAUAACUUAUAUUUUACUACAGACAGAACAAAAUGAUUCAUCACCUGUUCCAAUUUUGUCCCUUGGAUAGUUGGUGGAAAAUACUAACACUAUUUACUCUGCAUUUGGUUUUCCUCUACAACAGGAGAACUGGUUUUAUAUUCUCUUUAAUUCAGAACAGCAUCUCAUCUGUUUUUUUUGUUCACUUGAAAAUUUCACUUCAAUUUUGAAAUAUCUUUCAUGGCAGCUUUAACUUUUUGUGCAACUGUUUCCCUGAGAGUAAUGAAGUGCUGAGCAUGUUGACUGUUGUUUUUUGAUAAAGUAACAAAAAUGUUUGCAUUUGGAGAACUUAAUUUUAGUUAUGCAGGAAGGUAAGUGUGAUAAGUCUAGUGCUUGGUAUAUGGUACAUCAUAGAUACCUGAAUACACAAGUUGAUUAUUUUCUUUUACUCUAAAGUGCAUAUAUAUUAUAUACAGAGAGGGAAAAGUAAUAUUAUAUUGGCAUGUUUAUGUCAUGCAGAGCAAGAUUUUGUCAGCAUUUCUCUUAUAUACUCCUAUUUUCAGUAGGUUAUAACACAGUCAUAAAGGUUUGUUUUAAGUCGGAGCAAUUGUGGUCAGUGGAAUUUCCAAAUACAUGUUGGCUGACUUUGAAUUAUGGAAGUUCAGAUUAAAUUAGUGGUGUUGCCUGAUUUAGUUUUGAACUCAAACAAGUAAAAGUUCUAAGACAAUGUUAUUUUUUGAACAGUUGUUUUUCUACCAGGGCCUAUAAUUACAAGCACUAAUCAAAAACAAAGUGAUUGAAUUCUGCAAUCUGGGUUCCUACUCACAUGUCGUAACUUUUCACAUAAAAUUUUUAAUAAGCCUUUCCAUAUUGCUACUGUCACGAUGUGUACUGUGGAACAAUAUAAAACUGAAUAUUCAUUGUGUUAAUCAGUUACAGUCUAUCAAGCUGACUAUACAGGGCUGUGUAUCUUCAAAAUACUACGGUCUAUAUGACACAGGAGGCCAGAGUAGAUAACAUCACCGUUUCACCUGGCCUUUUAAUGUAUAAAGCUAUGAAAAGGUUAUUGACUGUAACAUAUUGACACUUUUUUUUUCCAAAAAAUACACUUAAAAAAGUAUGUAACUGUAUAUUUACUGGAUAGCCUGAGAUGGAGACACUCAAAUGACUCCAAAGGAGCCCUUUCAAGUCUCCUGAAUAAAUGUAAUACAUGUUUUAUAUCUUCCUAUGAAUUUUUGUUCUUUUUGUUUUUUCAAAGUGGAGUAAAGGGAGGCAAUAAUUAAAGGAAAAAAAAAAAGGCUACUUUUGUGAAUGAAAAUGACAGAAAUUAAUAUAUUCAAACAUAAGGGGCAGAUUUACACUUUCUCUUGGCAGUAUACUUCACCUCCCAGUUGUUUGGCCAAGACUCUUGUGCUAUGAGCACUGUGGGUUAAGAACAGAAUGUAAGAUUUAAUUUUGAAUUUUCAACUUUUUUUUGGCUUACUUCACAAUCCUAAUGUCAGUUAAAUGUAGCUUUUGGUACCAAAUUAUAUAUAAUAGAAUUCUAGCUUGUUGGUUAGAAAAAAUAUGUGUAGGGUAGAAAGUAGGUCUGCCUAAAAGCAACAGAAACAUUACAUUCCUAUUGUUUUUUGUUUGUUUGUUUGUUUUUUUGCAUUUAAACCAUCACUAGGGCAAAGCUUAAAAAACGCCAGAUAGAAAACUGAACAGUGAAUGUUCCAGUCACUGCAUUUUUAAGAAACUAGAAAUGCAAACUAUCACACCAUUAGCAGCCUAAAUUGGAGAUAGCACAAGAUAACCAGGCUGAAGGAUAUGGCUGCAGGGGCUUGCUCUGUCCUGGCUUACAUAUAUUCUUAGAAUGAGGCCUAAGUUUUAUCACCAAUUGCAGAGGUGGCAGAAGCUGUGUACCGUAGUAGUAAGAGAUUUGAUGCAGCCAUUACAGAACAAUAGCUCCCUGUCGCCUUUUGUUGUUGUCAAGACUGUCUUUGGACAGCUCUAUUUCCAGAAGUGUAAAUAGAAGACUGCAGCCCUAUGAGCCACAAGGAAAAUCAUUAUUAUCAGUGGAAGGAACAAAUGUCACUGGCCACUUAGGUGUUCAGCUAUGCUGUAAAUCAAAUAAUGUUUUGUGUGAGUCGAGGAACAGAUAACCUGUUAUUGAAUACAAUGCUAUAUCUGUGACUGAUAGAUCAGUGCUGUUAUGUUAAGAAUACUUCCUUAGCUCAAAGUACACAGACUCUAGAGAGGGUGGUUCAAAUAAGACCAUUUAAACAUAUGUCAGUUACAAAAUCAGGUGUAAAUGAACCAUAUAACAUAUAAACAUAAAAUUAAUAUCUGUUUAUGCAUAUAAAUCACUGAUUUGUCAGCCAAUGAUCUCGUGAAAAAAAAUGUAAUGUGUGAGUCCAAUCUCUCUAAUCCAUUCUUAUGACUUAUCCUCUGAGAUGUCAGAGGCUGAUAGAGAUCAACAUUGUCAUCAGUGCCAUAGAUGCUGAAAAUGUCUGGUAAACAUCAAAAGCAUACCAUCACUUGUUGUGGACUGGCUCCAUUUUACAAUUGAUCUAAGGUAGACUCUAGUGUUAGACAGCAUAGAUUCUCUACGAUGUGUUAUUUGAGGUAUGUAUGUAACUAAGAAAGCACAAUGAUAACUGGAGUUCAUAUUUUGAAGGUUCAUCAGUAUGUGACCACAGUAAGCAUUUGUUCGUCAAAUCAAAAUGACUUUCAAAGUACGUAGACAGCAUUGAAUACAAACGUCAUAAACAGGUUUUGACUCUCAGCAUUCAUAAGCUUUAGCAUAUCGUCUACAAUUUGUAGUCAUUUGCAGUUGCCUAUCCUCUUGUUGAGAUAUGACUUUCUAUGCGAGGUGUUUAAAGUAUGUUGACCCUGUGGAUAUAGCCUUAAGUAUUACUCUGGUCUGCCCAUAGUACAGAUGAAAUAAAUUUGAGAGACAGAUAAAAUAUAAAUGAAGAAAUGUUGAUUCAAACUAACAUACUAAACAGGAUUUUCUACACUUGGAUGUGCAUGCAGCACAGUGCUGCUUGCUGUCACACUACAUAAACUCUAACCAUUACAUAUGCCAGCCAUUUAUGAUGGCACAAAGCUUUCCAGUCAUACAGCUUAGUUUCUUCUGCUUCUGUAAAAUGACAUUGUUCACAGCUGGUAAUUAUAAUAGCCACCACAUAAACUAGAGUUUUCUGUUUAGUUAAUAGCCAUCUCUACCCUAUGAAAUUGCAUCAUAUCCUUUUUAUAACUACAUCCUUAAUCUCUUUGGCAAGCUCUCAGCAUAUCUUAAUUCAUAGUCUUUCAUGCCCCAUGAAUAAAUAAAUAAAUAAAUAAUAAAAUUUGCUCUUGCAGUAAAAUAUAUACUGAGAAUUCUCUUCAUCUUGCCAUCUGGCACUGACAUAUGGAAUAAUCACUUUUAUUCUGUGUCAUGCACGUGUCCUGGAUCAGACAUUUGCCCAUCCAUCAUUCUGGGAACUGGGUUUCUGGGAAGUAGGAUUAGCAACAGAAGGCUGGUAUAAAAUAGCUUUCUGCAGUAAGUGCUUAGACCUUAACAUUACGACAACAGAGUUUGAAGAGUUUUUAGGGAAGUAAUAUAUUACUUACAUACUGGUAACAAUGCACUGUAUCUCUGCCAAUCAGCGCAUGCUCAGCUGUGUUCGCCACUUGCAGAGAGUAGUGUGUUAAAUCAGAAAAUAAUGUUUCUAAUCCAUAUUUCCAUCCUUAUAUAUUGACAUAGUUUAAAACCCUGUCUACACACAUAUUUGUACUUACAUGGCUAUAAAUAAAAUUGUCAGACUUGCGGAAGCUGACAGUGCUUAGGGUCAGUAUAUAGUCAGUGCUAACUCAUUUAUAAGGUGUGAAAAAAAAUUGUUUCCCUUACUAUGAUUUCACAACUUCAAAGAGAAAAAGGAGGUUGGCCAGUAGUGUAAAAUGGUGGUUUAAAAUACUCUUUAUUUUUCAGUGUUAACACUUACAUAUUAUACGUAGCCCAAAAAACACUAUUAUACAACUGAUAUAGUCAAGAUUAAAUGCACAGCCCCCUAUUUAGGCAUACAAAGAAUCUAAACAGAUUCAUAUACUAUGUAUGCAUUGCUUGGUUAUUGCCACAAAAUUUUCAGUGCUCACACACUGAUCACAUUAAUAUUUUAUGGGAUCACCAUGUUGAAGUCAGCUCUGAGCAGUUUGUUUGCUUGGAUAGAGAUUUAUAACAUUAGGAAAGCACCGUUAUAUGCAUUAGGAAUAGAUACAUUUGACGAUGUGUAUUCAGAAGACAUCACCAGCAACCUACAGCACUGUUUUAAAUGAUUGUGGCAAACCACAAUUCACACCUGAAAGGCAUAGCUGUGGAUUGUAUUUGCAUAGCUGUGUUUCACCUUACAUAAUGAAGUGCUAUGAACUCAGGUCAUGAAUCACAAGGCAGAUGAAAACUAUUAAAGACAAACAAACAGACAGACAGACAACAAAAAGAACAACCUUUAGGACAUUAAUUGUCAAUACAAUACUCACUCAGCUCACAGAAAUACCUGAGAUUGCUAUACCCAAGAAAAUUUAAUGCUGAGUAGCAUUCCAGUAUUGAAGGAAUGUGUGAUGACACAAAUAAUCUAUUCUCAGUUCUUACACUGUGUAAUGCAUUUGGUGAAAUACUGUCAACUAAGUGUAUGUCUAACAUCCAUCCUUUGUGUGUUUCUGAAACCAAGCAGUCAUCUCUUGUCAAUUCAUGCUUAAAAGUUUGGACUUGUAGUGUCAUUCACUAUUACUGUCUUACUGAGUCUGAAUGUAAACUAUGUUACAGGAUAGAUCUCCCAUACAAGAUACACAGGCCAUCAUCUGCUAUCUGUGCAUUGCUUUGAAGAUUGUUGUCCUUGGAUCACAGUGAUGACAAAUACAGCUUUUUAGGACCAUUGAGAUCUUUCUUAGAGAAAACAUAUAUUAGUCAUGAAUUGUCUUUCCAAAACAUCUAGGAUCCACAGGAGAGCCAACUAGGUCUUUUGAUCAAAGACAGCAGGCAGACACAGAAAAAGCAAGGGAAGUGCAUUUCUGUUUUUCAUUUCUAGAAGAAUAUAAGGAAAGGAAUGAGAACACUUUGCUUCAUAACUGCAAGUGCAAAACCAAGUUGAUGGGUAGGGAAGGAACCAAAGAUGAUGACUGACACCACAGAAAAUUGCAUGUACCCACUACCUUGUUUACUGACAUUAGAACAAAAGGACAUAUUAUCAGGAACUCAGUGAUAGCUUUGAAAGUAUUAUUGAUUUCCAACAAAGAUAAUUGUUACACUUUAGAAAGUCCACUGAAUUAUAUAUUUGAUGUCAUAUCCCACUGGUCAGUCAAAAAGGCGCCUCAGCAGAGUUGCUCUAAAUCUGACUAGAAAUAUACAGAGAGCACACUAAAUAUCUUCUACAAUUGUAAAUUGUUCAAGAAAGGAUUAGUCAAACCAAUAUCAUCCUGAAUCUAUGUGCAAAAACUUGUCACAGUGAAAUGUUUUACCCUUGUUUUUAGAAAUUAGAACUCCAUAGUUAGCCAUCACUGGAAGAACUCUGCUGGAUGAGAUGUUGAAGGAGAAAGAAGCCUUUACCUAUGUUAGUCUAUAUUACAGACAUGUAUCUUUAUUUCUGUAUCUCAGUCCUGAAAUAUUUGAUUUAAUAGAAACACACCUAUGACCUCUGGAUGGAUCAUGUAUCACUUUCUUUUUUUUUUUUUAAUUUAAAUUGAUAAAUAUGUUCAAAUUUCCGAUCCCUCCCCCUUUUUGUUUAUUUUUUUUGACUGUGCCUUGACGUGUUUUGACUGAUUGAUACAAUUUUUAAUGUAUUCUGAUCUUGGUAGACAAGUGAGAAAUGGUCUCUUAACUCUACAGAUGAAGAAAAUAAGAUUUUGUUGUCCACCUCAUUAAUCAGAUAUAUUUUCACAGUCUAUCACUGGGAAAUGCAGCUUUUUGUCAAUGAUGUAAAGGUAGUAUCUUCUCAAAAACACAUCAUAUGCACAUUAGAGGAACUUGGAAUAUAUCUUUCACUAAAUCUUGUUCAUUGUCCAGUACCCCAACAGCUGAGCUCCAAGUUAUUCACUUCAGAUUGCUAAAGUCUCUGACAUCCAUUGGCACAGCCAUGCUUUAACUUUUAUAAAAAUGAUGUGGCACAGCCAGCACUGACCAUCAUAGACUUCAUGUUUGCAUCUCAUGGCUAUUCCAUUGGUCAUAAUGUAACAGCAAAGAGCUACCAUUUUUGAUGCCAGCCCUUGCACACUAUUUACAUCCACGGUUUAUGUUGUCUGUGAGAGAUGGGAAGUCUAGAAAGCUGUAUUUUGAGAGUAUUGGUAUUAUUUGCAGUGGUACCAGUUCUUUUCUUUAACCUUUUCUCUUCCAUCUUUACAUUCUGAUGCCUGUAAUUUAUGCCAUAGCUACUCCAGCAAUAAUUAUAGGACUGGACUCUCCUCUACAGCAAGUCAGUUCAUACACAGACAUCAACCACCAUUAAAUUAUUACUCUGGCAUAACAGACUAACACUGUUGCAUGGCUGAAUGUUUUCCUAUUAUACAUUGUUUUCUGAAUGAUCCUAAUUUUUAGGUGUCAUAAACAGUGUAUUUAUGAAGAGCUCUCCUUAUCAUCUGCUACUGUAGGCUGAGAAUUAGAUUCAUUAUACAGUUUAUUCACAGCUUGCAGAGAAAGGUGCAAGUGUUUGACUUCUGCAGGUUUACUGUACGUGGUGUAUUCCUACAUGCUCAGAAGAUGUUUAAGGGAGGUUAUACCUGCUCUUUGCCAGUCCCGUGGUUGGUACUGUUAGUGGUUAAAGCGUGUAUGGCUGGUUUUGUUUGGGUGUAGUCAAUCAGUUUGAUAUGUUUAUGUACAAGAAAGGUGUGUGUCUUUUUUUUUUUUUUUCUACUACAUACACAUUCUUGUUUCCAUUACUUUCCAAAUAACAUUCACUUUUUUUUUUUCACUCCAAGUGCUGUAAUCUUUUAUCUAUCAGAACAUUAUUUUUUUUUUUUAGUCCUGUUUUUUGGGUGUGAUUUGUGAUUUUAGAAGCUGAUUCUAUUUUCCAUGUAGUUGCCAUUCUUUCCUCCACCUAAUUCCCUGUAAUUAAAGUAGCAAUUAAUCUGGUUCCAAUACGUUAGCUAGAAUCUGCUGCAGUUAUGAGUCUCUUCCCACACCAUGAUAUCCUUGUUUAUCCUCCACCUCUGAGAAAAAGAAACAAACUUUUCAUGAAGAGACAAGGAUUUUGGUGCAGUUGCUAGGAUGUCUCUGAAAGUGGUUUUAUGCAUAACAUUACUGUAAAACCCACACAUUGUUAAACAUCAACUCUUUUCAAGCUCUACUUUUUGAAACAUCCAACAGUUGCUCACUUAAUUUACACGGCCUGACAAAUAACUCAGAAUAUAGAUGUGAUGAUUUCUCUGUGUCAUGCAAAUUUCUUACCUUUAUUUUCUUUUCUCAGCACAGCCCCAUGCAUUUCAUGCCCAUGUUUAGCUCAUUAGAAUGUAUGUUAGUAACAAAAUAACUGGAGCUUUUUUUUUUUUCUUGCCUUUUUUUUUUUCUGCAACUAAAUGUCAUUUUAUUAUUGUUAUUUUAUUCUAUUUUAUUUUAUUGGCUCACACAGCAUUCUAUACAGUAACCUUUUUAUAACUGACAUAUGUUAUUCCUUCAGGUAGCUUUUACUGACAAACACAAAGCUUGUUUGUGUGCAAAUGCAAGGCUGACUAAAUGGUGCUAAAGUGUAUUAUGACUGUCAGAUAUAAUCAGGCAAAAUUUUGUGGUGCUUAGACUGAUUUUUUUCAUUGAUUUUAUUGAUCAACGCAUUGAACAGUGUUUUAUUAUACACAAGUUGUCUUUUAUUAGUAAAUCAAGACCUCAUAGUGCAUUGUUAAACAAAAUGGGUUAACUAAUCUAUGUAACAGCUCACCAAGCUAUUAUCUCUUUAACUCCUUAUAAUGUUGUGUCAUUAAAGGUCAAGGGGUCAUGAUGAUAAUCUCAUUGCUGUAGACCAUUAACAUGACUGAACAUUUUCAACAAAGUACUUAUGUUUACAAUGCUAUAACCCUUUGACUGCUGCGGCAACCUUUAACCACAGGAAGUCACAUGCUAGAAUCAUCAUUACGGUUCUUGCCAUGGCAAUCAAAGAGUUAAGGGCUGUGCAGUGAUUUGUUUUAUAUUUAUUAAUUUAUAUUUAUUUUUGUUUUCAUUUGAGAAGGGGGGAAUUGGGGUGGGGCAGUUCUUGUCUGCUGUAAGUGUCUUAACCAAGGGAAGGGUUAAAAUGGCUUUUUAUACUAUUGCAUCUUAUGUACUUACCAUCGUUUCAUUGUGUUGUAAUUAAAAAAAAAAAAUCUGUCAAUAAAUAAGAGAACAGAAAAAAA